GUCAAGAUUCCUUACAAACACAUUGAAUUUGUUGAGCCUUAACUCUCUUCCGUUUGCUUUUGCACGUGUUCACCAGGUCAAAGUAGAAUGCAUCAUCCACAACAGGUUCAUCCUCAAAACAGUCAGCACGGUCAGCCUUCACAGCAACCCGCGCGUCAAGGCCAGGUUGCCCCUCAUUUGAUUCCCCCUGAAUUGAAACAAAUGAUGGAACAUCUCUCUGGCAGUGAGGCACGAGCUGCUGCAAAGGCAGCCGACGUGGUCGUAGAACUGCUGCUUGACCCCAACGCCAUGGAACGCCAGGCGCGUAUGGAGGCUGCUGCUGAGUGUGCUAAACGCGCUGCCCAAUCGGCCCGGGCUGCCCAUGAGGUGUGCCCUACAUUCCAAUCAGGGAUUAACAAGCAAUGUUCCGAAGAUUCGGCUAGGACGGCCGAAAGGGCAGUGGCAACACUUUAGUUUGUAUGUAUUUUUGCUUCUCAUUUUGGUAUUGAAUUUUGGAAAUACUGUUUAAACUGAAUGCUUUGGACCAGCUGUGCUUCACAAUAUACAAAAAUAUCACUGACAGGCAAUGAUUUUACGGCCGCCAUUGGUACUUCUUCAACAAAAGCAACGGAUUACAGUUACAAUUACUUUAACUAAAAAGAGUAAUUCGUUCCAUAAUUGUUACUCGUCAGCAUAUGUAAUGGCAUCAGAUGUUACUGUUAACUGAAGCUUUAGAUUAGCUAUAAUUCAGGGUAUCUUUUCCUCAUCAAAACCAUACUUUACAAAAUCAAUGGUUGUACUUUGAUUUAAAACUUGGGGUUCCCCUGUCGACAUUGAUAUUGUUAAUUUGGUUGGCACUGCAUCACUCCCAUUCUUGGCCGGGUAUUCCAAAUAACCUGAAAGCUCCUAGUUUGCUCAGUACGAAUUAAGUUAGCAAUUACUCCAAUUCCCUUACUUUUAGUUUUGUUAUUACUGCCCUGAUUAUUGCUGAUUUUGACCAAAAAAGUAACCACGG